AAUUGAAUUUUAGUAUUCCAGCACGCAGGUAAGUCAGGUUAAAAUUCUGAAAUAUUUUUUAAUUGAAAAUUACAAGUGUUAAUUAUUUUGAUGUGUCGAAUAAGAAUUUUUAGGCCUAUUGGAAUUACAGAAAUUAAUCAAAAUGGACUAUGAAAAUAUUCUUACUCCAGAAAUGAGAUUGAAACAAAUUUCUGAUGUUGGGAAUACAGUUGAAUUGAAUUCUAGUAUUCCAGCACGCAGGUAUUUCAAGUCUGGACUUGAAAUGGUACGCAUGGCAAACGUCUAUUACGACGAAGGAAACCUUGAAAAUGCCUUUGGUCUAUAUAUGAAAUUUAUGACGUUGAUGAUAACUACCAAGCAAGAAAGGAGAGCACAAGAAGAGCGGCUACGCUUGGAGAGAGAGGCGGCUGAAGCGGCGGCAAGAAAAGCGGCAACGACGUCACAGCGAUUGAUGACAUCAGAAGUGAAACGCAGCCUGCCCGCCGACGGAUGGAGUCUGGCCAAGAGUGUCACUCCUGUUCCCCCCCUCCCCGCCGAUCUGCUCCUCUAUCCGUCUGAUGACGUCACCCCUACUCCUUUUCCUACUCCUGUUUCUGUCCCCAUACCGACGAGUGGAGCAGCCAAAGACAGCCGACCCGACAUUGAUCGCAGCAAAAAGCCGUCGCUGCUGAGUGCGGUUCACACGUCGCGCCACGCGCUGCGAACGGUUGUCGUGCCGUCCACUCUCAUGCACAAGUUCCUCUCCAUCGCAUCCUCCAACACCAACAACAACAUUGAAACCUGUGGCAUUCUGGGCGGAGUGCUGGAGUACAACAAGCUAGUCGUAACACAUCUAUUAGUGCCUCUGCAAACAGGAAAGUCGGACGCUUGCAUCACUCAGAAAGAAGAGCAGAUAUUCGAUUAUCAAGAUCAGAACGAGUUGGUUACCUUCGGUUGGAUUCAUACACAUCCAACGCAAACGGCAUUCUUAUCGAGUGUUGACCUUCACACGCACUGCUCCUACCAGCUGCUCAUGCCUGAGGCCAUUGCAGUUGUGUGUGCGCCUAAAUAUAAAGAUAAUCAAUGUUUUUGCCUUACACCCUCCUACGGAGUGGAUUACAUUGCCGGCUGUCGGCAGUCAGGCUUUCAUCCGCACCCUUCAGAACCUCCACUUUACAUGGUCGCAGAACAUGUGAAGUUUGUAGAGGGAGCACCUUUGGAAGUGGUUGACUUCAGAAAGCGGUGAAAUUCUGACAUCGUAUGAUAGCCGAUCCUAAGUAAUGAUCACACAUUAGGAGUCGAUUGUCCAGUUGACUAACCCAUCAACUACUUGUCAACUAGAAUGCAAGUGGAUUGUCCAGUUGACUAGCAUAUCAACACAUUUCAACUAGACCCCACUUACAUUGUAUGAAGCUCGUAUUCACAUUAUGCUAGAGCAUUGUCUAGUUGACAAAUCUCAACUAGUUGAUUAACCCAUCAACUAUUUGUCAACUAGAAUGCAAGUGGAUUGUCCAGUUGACUAGCAUAUCAACACAUUUCAACUAGACCCCACUUACAUUGUAUGAAGCUCGUAUGCUAGAGCAUUGUCUAGUUGACAAAUCUCAACUAGUUGACUAACCCAUCAACUAUUUGUCAACUAGAAUGCAAGUGGAUUGUCCAGUUGACUAGCAUAUCAACACAUUUCAACUAGACCCCACUUACAUUGUGUGAAGCUCGUAUGCUUGUGCAUUGUCCAGUUGUCUGCUACUCUAUCGACUAGCAUUGUGUGAGCGCUGCUUAAGAUGAACAUUUAACAAGCAUUCCAAAAUGACUAAAACACAGCAAUUAAAACAGCACUACGUGUUUGAUAUAAUCUGCACAUAAGAAAAAAACGCUUUUUGCCUUAUUCUUGAUUGUUAUAAGACUAAAGAAGUACAUAAAAUGUGGCAAAUUAAAGCCGAAUUUACUAAUGUAAAUUAAUGUUUUUAAUAAUCAAUGCAAAUAAUUUGUAAUUCAGAUUUAAUUAUUAUUUGUAAAAACCAAUAUUAUUUAUUAAACUUGUAUGAUAUUAUAAAUAUUUGAGAAAUUGA